AUGGGAAAAAAGGUAAAGGGAAAUACUUCAGCCUCAAAAGUUAAUUAAGACUCUAAUGAAAAAGACCUUCAUUCAAAGAUGCUUGAUUAGAUAGGUCUAAGUGUUUCAGAUAGUAAAAAUAUAGCCAAAGAUUCGAAUAAGAAAUCCAAACAUUCUAAUAAAAAAGCAGAAAGAUAACAAGAAAAUGUAGUUGACUUUGACUAGGAAUUUAUGGAUGAUGAUGAAGGUGGAGACUAAUAGUUAACAUUGGGUGAUAUAUUCUAAUCAAUAGGAGUAAGUAAACUAAGUGAAAAAGAACAAAAGUCCAAGAAUAAUGAUACUAUCAAUGCAAGUAAGUUAUAAAAGUAAAUAAAGGAGCUGAGAAAGGAUGCUGAAAAGAACCCAGCUAUCUCUUAACCUUUAACAGGAAGGAAGAGGCUUCAAAUAGAAAGAGAGUAGAAUUAUAAGCAAGUGUAAAAACAUAUGAAAAAGUGGAUUCCUUAAGUUAAGGAAAAUAGAGAGGCAGACUAUGUUGACUUUACUACAACUGAUGUUAUUGGAGAGGGUGGCGGAGUUAAGCUUAAUUCCUUAAAUUAAAUAGCGUCAAAUUUAAAAGCUUCUUAAGCCACAAGCAAGUUAGAGCAGUAAAUAUAGCAAGAACUUUCAAGACAAGGUCUUCAAUCUGAGAAUGACAUCAAGAGAAAGGAAUAGGAAUCCUUGAAGAAUGUUCUAAGCUCAGACCAAUUAGAAUAGAGAUAUUAGCAAAUAGCUUAGAUGAAAAGUCUCUUAUUCAGGUAAGAAAUGAAAAAUCGAAGAAUCUCAAAGAUUAAGUCAAAGCUAUAUCAUAAGAUUAAGAAGAGAGAGAAGGAUAGAGAGGAGAAAAAGCUCAUAGAUUAUUUGGAAUAGAUUGAUCCAUAGGCUGCUUAGGUUUAUAGAGAGAAGGAAGAACAGAAAAAGGUCGAGGAAAGGCUGAAGUAAAGGCAUGCCAGUAACAAUAAGUUUGCUAAGAAGCUUAAGAGAUUUGGUAUGAUGGAAAAUGAGAAUAUAAGAGAAACUUAUAAUGAGAUGAUGAGAGAGAAAAAUACUUUGAAGCAGAGAACUAAAAAGGUUAAUCCGUUUGUAGAGGAUGAUGAUAGUGAUAUAUCAGAUGACGAUUCGGGUUCUGAAGAAGAGGAUGAUAUCAAUGCUAUUAGGAAGAAAGCCUUAAAAGCAAUUUAAAAUGAAAUUGAUGAUGAUGCUUCUGAUGAUGACGAAGAAAAUGAUUAGAGUGGUGAUGAUGAUGAAGAAGAAGAUGAAUCUGAAGAUGAGGAUUCUGACGAAAUUGAUCUCAACUUUGAUGAUUAGAAAAAGUCUCAAUAAAAGUAGAAAAAAGAGACCGAGAAAGGUAUUUUGGGGUUGAAGUUUAUGUAAAGAGGAGAGGAGAGACUUAAAGAGUAAACUAAAGAGCAAGCAAAGAUGCUCAUGCAAUAGAUCAAAGAAGAUCAGGAGAUAUUAGGAUUGAGUGAUGAGGAUAAUAAUAAAAAUAACGCCUUUGUCAAAGCUUCUAAUAAGUUUGGUCAAAGUAAACUUGAAAUAAAGUAACUAGAAACACAUAAUAUAACAGAUGACUAGCUUAAGAAGGCUGCAGUGAAACUUGCUGGUUCAAAGUUGAAUAUUGAUAAUGAAACUUAGAAUGCUAAAAACUCAUCUAAAAAUAAUGAUGACAAAAAGAAAAAGGAUAAAAAACAACUUGAAGUUACCUUUGAUGUCAAGGAAGACUUGAAAAAUUUCAAGCCAGAUAAUAAAAAGGUUAUUUCUAUUUCAAAGGAUGACUAGGUCUUAAGAAAUCUAUUUAUUGCUCCACAAGAUGAAGAGUAGGCAAUGGAGGAAUUCGAAAAAGAAAAAGAUGAGCAGAUUGAGGAUGAACUUGGAAAUAAGGUUAAGGCACCGAUUGUUCAAAGAGGUUGGAAUGAAUGGGCUGGGGAUGGUGUUAAUGAAUCUAAUCACGAGAAAAGACAAGCUAGAGUCACUGAAAUAAAGAAGAAGAAGAUAGAGGAACUUAAGAAAUAGAGGGCAGAUAGCAAACUUAAAGGAGUAGUAUUGAAUGUAGAGGAAAGAGAUAAGAAAUUCGCCUAGAAAUAUCUUGUCAAAGAGCUACCUCAUCCAUACAAAAAUGUUAAACAGUUUGAAGCACUCAUGAAUGUACCAAUUGGAAAAGAUUGGAAUACUCUUUAGAGUCAUAAGAGAUUAAUUCAACCAGAUGUUCUAACCAAAGCUGGUACUAUCAUUAAACCCCUCAAAUACAAGAAAGAUUUACCAAUUAGAAUGGAAACUAUUGAGGCUUUAGUAGAGCAUAGACAUGGCAAAAGAGAGAAAAGACCAGCAGCUAAGUUUUGA